AUGGGCUGUGUUCAAGCCAAAUCAUCACAAGAAUCUGAUGAAGGAGGUACUUCAGGUUACAGAGGACUAAACAGAUUCAAAAUGGAAAAUGGGUAUGUUCCAAGUUCUCAUUUUGUUGCUCACAGAAGAUCUACUGGUCAGAGUCAAAAACAUGUUGACCAGACUAAGAACUUUGAUCAUGGUCAUCAUGUCUAUGAGAAAGAGAAACAACCCAGAAAGCAUAAAGUAGUUGUUGAUUCUAGUAGUGUUGCUGGAAAAGGAAAGAGAUAUGGUGAAUUGAAAGAUAGUAAGAAGCAGUUGAAUAACUGUUUUGAAGAUGAGAUGGUUGAUGGAUGGCCUAAAUGGUUAGUUGAUAAUGUUCCUUCUCAUGGGUUGGCUGGUUUGGUUCCAAAGAGUGCUGAAUCUUACAAAAUGAUUGAUAAGGUAGGACAAGGAACCUACAGCAAUGUUUAUAAAGCUCUAGAUCGAGACACAGGCGAUAUUGUGGCACUAAAAAAGGUCCGCUUCAAUACUUCGGAGCCUGAAAGCAUUAAAUUUAUGGCAAGAGAAAUUGCGAUAUUACAGAGAUUGGAUCAUCCCAAUAUAGUGAAACUUAAAGGGUUAGCCACUUCAAGAAUGCAGUACAGUAUAUAUCUAGUUUUUGAGUUCAUGCCAACAGAUUUAUCAAGAAUUAUUUCUCGACCCGAAGAAAGACUAACCGAACCACAGGUCAAGUGCUAUAUGCAUCAAUUGCUUUCAGGUCUCCAGCAUUGUCAUGAUAGAGGAAUUCUGCAUCGAGAUAUAAAGGGGUCGAAUCUUUUGAUAGAUAAAAAGGGGAUGCUUCAGAUUGCAGAUUUUGGACUUGCUAAUUAUUAUAGUACAAAUCAAGACCAGCCUCUCACAAACCGGGUUGUGACACUAUGGUACCGAGCUCCUGAGUUGUUGUUAGGCUCCACGGAUUAUGGAGUCGGUAUUGAUCUAUGGAGCGCUGGUUGUCUCCUUGCAGAAAUGUUUAGAGGAAUUCCAAUCAUGCCUGGAAGAACCGAGGUUGAGCAACUUCAUAGAAUUUUCAGGCUAUGCGGCACACCAUCACAAGAGUAUUGGAAAAAGUUGAAACUUUCUACAACUUUUAUACCUUCAAAGUCUUAUAGACCAAGUCUAGUAGAAUCAUUCAAGGAUCUGCCCCCAUCUUCUUUAGGUCUCUUAUGCACACUUCUUGCUUUAGAUCCUGCAUUUCGUGGCAGUGCAUCUAAAGCUCUUAAAAACCCGUUUUUCUUUACAAGCCCAUUGGCUUGUGAUCUAUCUGGUUUACCUGCAAUCUACAAAGGAGAUGAUGAGCAUAUUCAAGCCAAAGAACAGAUCAAGUACAUGAACUCUAAAAUCAGGCGUUCUCGUACAUACAUUGAGCGUCGCAAGAAUUUAUCAUCUAAUAGGCCAAUUGAACAUACCGUACCCUCUAAAGAGGUAUUGAGAAGUAAUGGUGAGGCUGAAACUUAUGUUCCAAGUGAAGAACCAGAUCAACAUUUACUCUUUGAUUAG